AUGGGCUUGGACUUUAGUUUCAGUGAUUAUUGUGGAUAUACUCACCACUCAAGCCUCUAUCUUUCAGGUGAUGUACAAAGCCAAUCCUUAAGACACCGAGAUAAGCGGCUCAGUUUAAAUCUGCCAUGUAAGUUUUCACCGAUAUAUCCCACAGCUUCACCCAGUGCUGAAGACAGCUAUGUGCCCAUGAGCCCUAAAGGCACUGCUUCUGAAUUUAGACCCCACUGCAGUCAGGAUGACUACAUUCCAAUGAGCUCAAGCAUGCUGCCUGAGUUACCUGCAGACUUGGAGCCACCCCCAGUGAACAGAAAUCUCAAGCCCCAGAGAAAAUCACAGCCACCUCCCUUGGACUCGAGAAACCUUUCCACCAUCCGGGAACACACAUCUCUAACCAGGACUUACACUGUGCCUUGCAAUCGAACCAGUUUUCUCUCUCCACAAAGAAAUGGUAUUAAUUGUACAAGACUUUUUUCCACUCCUUCUGAAGAAGAAGAAGAAGAAGAAGAAGAAGAAGAAGAAGAAGAAGAAGAA